AUGUCCAACCAUCGUCAGACCACCAACCAUCCGUGUACACUACUCUUUUCCCUCGUCACCCUGCCGUUCACGUUCAGCAUGGCAGUGCUCUCCAAAUCGCUCUCCACCCUCACGGCGGGCGCCCUGCUCCUCCUCGCCCUCGUCUCCCCACGCUCUCAGAAAGUGCGCUUCUACCUCAACUCUCUCAUCUACAUCGCCGGUCUCGCCACGUGUUCCGUCUGGGGGAUCUUUGUCUCGAUCUUCCUCUCGUUCGUUCCGGGCCAACGACUCAACAUCAACAAGGUCGUAGCGCGAUCCUUCUGGCGCUUGACCGCACCGCUCGUCGGCAUCCGCUUCGUCGUCGAAGGCGAGGAGCACUUCGCUUCCGCUACACCCGCCGUCGUCGUCGGCAACCACCAGACUGCAAUGGACAUCCUCUACCUCGGUAGAAUCUUCCCCAAAUCCGCUUCCAUCAUGGCCAAGAAGGAACUGCAAUUUGCACCGCUCCUCGGACAGUUCAUGAAGCUCUCCGGUGCAGUAUUCAUCAACCGUAAGAACCUCAAGGAUAGCAUCAAAGCCUUUUCGGAAGUAGGCAAGACUAUGAACGACAAGAAACUCUCACUCUGGAUCUUCCCCGAAGGAACACGUUCCGGCCUCGCCACCCCUGAUCUACUGCCCUUCAAAAAGGGCGCUUUCCACCUAGCCAUCCAAGCCGGCGUUCCGGUGGUACCCGUCGUGUGCGAAAACUACAACCGUCUCUUCGACUCGAAAUCCAGAUUCGAAAGCGGAACCAUCAAGAUCAAAGUCCUACCCCCCGUCCCUACCAAACACCUCACCGCAGCAGACGCAAACGACCUCACCGAAAAAGUCAGAGCGAUGAUGCUCCAAGAGCUGAAAAACAUGGAUGCAGAACGUCAAAGAGCAGACGUCGCAGGUAUCGACGAGGACGAGGCAAGCAUGCGCGGCGUUGCCGGCUUCUUCAGCAGAUUCGUCGGAGCCGGAAAGAGCUGGCAGAGCGUCAACAGCAAGGUCGAUAGGAAGGAGAGGCAGUUGAGGGAGAAGGGCACUAGUGGAGAGAGGCCAGAGGAUUACCAUCUGGUGUCAGAGGGCCAGAAGAAGUCGAAUUGA